AUGUCUGCAGACUGCUCAUCAGCACCGCACCCACUGGACCUUCACCACACUGCGUCGAUGGCACCAGUACUUUCGACCAUCAACCCAAUCAAUUUUCACAAUAUUUUUGGUGGGCUUAUUGGCACGCUCGCUUGCUCUUUCUGUCACACCAACAACAACCUUCUCAGAUGUCAACCAAAUGCUGGCAUCACAGGUGAUUGGUUACUGGACCGCUAUGCGGACCGUCUCCACUUUGAUGAGCGCAAUCCCAUGCAGGAUAGGUGCCCUUAUCUCGACGAGCUCAUCACGAAAGUGAGGGCCAACCCUUUAACAGUACUGGCUGCAACUGAUGGCUCUGUCCCUCAGUCCAAUCAGUAUCAGGCAGCUUUGGCUGCCAUCAUCUACAAGGGACAUAGUGAGCUCGAAAGGACUUGCUAUGUCUCUGGCAGAGUCACCGCCCCUGACAUGGAGCUCAAUGCCAUAUCGUGUGCAGUGCGCCUGGCUGUCAAGCAGGCAAACUGCCAACAUAUUAUGGUCUUUACUGACUCUAUGGGCUCAGCCCACAGAGCAGUGGACCCCUCCAUGCACUCUGGUCAGGCUUUUAGCCUGUCAGUCUGUCGCGCUCUCCAAGAGUGGUUCAAGGCAGAUGUUCUCCACUGCAUCACCUUUGUUUAUAUUCCAUCUGCUUUGUGGUGGGACAUUCAUGGUGAGGCACAUAAGUACAUUACUGAACUCAAAGUCAGGGUUGGACAUUGCAAGACGGACAACUCUAUAGACGUGCUUCGCUCUCGAGCUGCGCACUCAAGUCUGGACGCAUGGGCCUCCAUGUUCCAGGAUCGUUCAUACCGAGGCUCUGAAUUCUUGGAGCUUCAACAGCCUGACAGGCAGCUGAUACAGCCAUCCUACCUCAAUGGGGGACCUUGGCUCUCAACAUUCGGACACAGUAUCACUGAGUUUGCUCGCGUCUGCUGGUGCAUAACUGGCCACAUGCCCAUUGGAGCGUGCUACUGUCACUUCAAGAUUAAUGAGCCUCAUGGCUGCACUUGCGGGGCUGCUCUGCAGUCCCGCCAGCACAUUCUCUUUUGCUGCCACGAUUGA